AUGUACGGUGAUAAUGCCAUCGCGGUCGUCGAUCGUCAGGUCCUCCACAUUCGCUCAAACUGCUGUUACGAUGCCGCUUGCUUCCCGUCCAAGACGUCCUUCCUCAUGAAUACUAACCUGGAUGAGGCCCGUGGCGAGGAGAAUGUCUUUGAAAUUCGACCCAAUGGCUUGCGCCUUGAUCUGUGCAGCGUUCGGUGGGACCUCAGAGAGUCAUUUUUUGAUGGCCUUCUGAAGGUAACUGCUGGUGGUGGCAUUGACGUUGUCCUGAAUUUUCUGGUAGGGUAG